UUUGUAUGUACAGAAUAGAUUUGGAACAUUUCACCCACUUUGCAUCACGUAAAUAAAAUGUUCAUUGUAAUCUAGCUGGGCCAAGGUGCUAACUUAUUCUUAGGUGACAUUAUCUUCUUUCAGCUGUUUUGGGAAAGUAAUUCCUCACUGCUAAUGGUCAUUGCUGUAUAUAUCAGCUAAUCUGUCAACAAACACAUCUACAGCAUAAUUGGAUAGCAUACAAAACUAGAGGAUUCAUUCUUAGUGUAUCAGUAAAUUUUAUCACUGUACUAUAAUGUACAGUAGUGUGAGAUCCUUCUAUACAUUCUGUUCCUGCCCUUCUCCCUUUACCCCUUCAACUAAUACUUGGUUUCAAGACAUUGUAGAUAUACCUAUGAUAGUGUGCCUACUCUCUCCUCAUCUCCCCAUUCUUACUUCUCCAAACUUUGUUUAAGUUAUUUUGUCUUAUUAUGUCACAUACGGGGAAUAUAAAUCUAGCAUUUGACUUUUAAAAAAAUAAUCCAUUUAGCCUUAAUGCAUGUUUCUACCUGAAUUGCAGAUAUGCCCGGGAAGAACCUGGCAGUCUCUUAAGGAACAUUAUAUAAAGCAAAUUAUUCCUAAAAUUGAUGCUUAUGAAAAGGAUGUAAACAUAAAAUCGAGGAUGAUGUUUGUUUUUGGGGGCUAUACCAGUAAAAUGAAAGACGGAGGAGAGUGCAGCAGGAGUAAUCAGCCCCAUGAUGACACCUUAGAGAAGAUGGUGAAGCGGAAGAGAGAGGAAGGCCAAAGCAGUGGCUAUGAAGAUCGUGGUAAAAAAUGCGACCUACGCUCUACCAGUCAAAAAUAGGAAUGGUCUUAAUGGAUCUUUUUAUCAGACCGUUGCUAGUUAUAAAAUAGAUUGAUUUUAGUUAGUUACUGUUCUCAUUAAGUAUACUUCGAUUUUAUUUUGUAAGCAAAGGAAAAAAUGAGAAAUAAUUUUGUAAUGGUCAGUAUUUGUGAAGUUUAUCAUGGUAACCAAUUUAGCUAAGACAGUUGUGUAAAAAAAUUUAUUUGAAUUAUUGUGUUGAUUUCUAUAUCAUGUGUAAUUGGGGAAGAAACAGUUUCCAUUGAAUAUAGAAAGCUGAAGUUACAGUGUAAGACCUAAAACAAAAUAAUGGAAAGCAGCAGACUGGGGAGACAAAUUUUUUUAUAAUUUUAUUUGAACAUUUUUCUCAUAUGUUGCCCAAAUGAUGAUACCCUACGUAUG